AUGCCUAUUCUCUCCAGAGGCAGUGACCAAGACUAUAGUAACAUUAGCUACACUUCUUGUAAUUCCUUGAGCCACUUCUUUCCUGUCUCCGUUGAAACCCCUCCUGUCAAAGGGGUCCAUUACCAAAGAGCCAGGAGGAUUUACCACCGUGAUCAAGUCUCUGCAGUCGAUGUAAAGACAGAGGUCAUGAUAAAUGUUGGAGGCAUCAAGUACCUGCUACCUUGGAGUACUUUAGAUGAAUUUCCCCUGACCAGACUGAGCAAACUAAAGUUUUGCAGCAGCUAUGAAGAAAUAAUUCAGCUGUGUGAUGAUUACGAUGAAGACACCCAUGAGUUCUUCUUUGACAGGAACCCCAAUGCUUUUGGGAUGAUUGUCAGCUUUCUAGCAGCAGGGAAGCUGAUGCUCUUAAGAGACAUGUGUGCCUUGUCUUUUCAGGAGGAGCUGAGAUACUGGGGGAUUGAGGAAUCCAACCUGGAGAACUGCUGCUUUCGGAAACUAUUUCAAAAACUGCAGGAGUUGGCCGAGAUACGCAAAGAAGAGGAGCUCCGGAGGAGCAAAGAAGCUGCAUGUGUCUUGGAUGAGAAAACCAAAUUCGGACAGUUUAUGAACAGACUCAGAGAUAUGGUAGAAAAUCCCCAGUCAGGACUCCCAGGAAAAGUCUUUGCUUGUCUCUCCAUUCUCUUUGUGGCCACCACAGCUGUAAGCCUUUGUGUUAGCACAAUGCCAGACUUAAGAGCUGAAGAAGACAGGGGUGAGUGUUCCCAGAAGUGCUAUUACAUCUUCGUCAUAGAAACCAUCUGUGUGGCUUGGUUUUCCCUGGAGUUCUGCCUCCGAUUCAUUCAGGCAAGGAGCAAGUGUCAGUUCUUCAAAGGACCCCUAAAUAUCAUUGACUUCUUGGCUAUUUCACCCUAUUAUGUUUCACUCAUCUUCUCAGAGGAUGACUCAAACGAGGAGGACGACAGACCAAGCAGCAACACAUAUUUGGAGAAGGUUAGUUUGGUGCUACGGGUUUUACGUGCCUUGAGGAUCUUGUACGUAAUGCGCCUUGCCCGACACUCCUUGGGCUUGCAGACUUUGGGCCUCACAGUUCGGAGGUGCACACGGGAAUUUGGCCUGCUUUUACUCUUCCUAUGUGUGGCUGUCACUCUCUUUUCUCCUUUGGUCUAUCUCGCCGAGAAUGAGUCUGGGAAGGUGCUCGAAUUCACAAGCAUACCUGCUUCUUACUGGUGGGCUAUCAUUUCAAUGACCACUGUAGGGUAUGGAGAUAUGGUACCACGGAGCGUCCCAGGCCAGAUGGUGGCUCUCAGCAGCAUCCUCAGUGGGAUUCUCAUCAUGUCUUUUCCUGCAACAUCAAUAUUCCACACUUUCUCCCAUUCCUACUCGGAGCUGAGAAAGGAACAGGAACGACUGCAGUCCCGGCUUAACAGAGUGAAAAAUGCCAAUCACUCUGGUGAAAGCGACACCUUCAAUGAGACAGACAGCUUGAUCCUGGAGGAUCAAGCAUCACCCAUCAAAUACAUUUACACAGGGAAGUAA